GCCAGAACUAGCGACGAUCGAUAACACAGUACAACCCAGCAGGCAACGUUGAGCAAAAUGGCGCCGAACAUGGAUUUUCGUGCGGUCCCGCUCGUAUGACUCCUUGGGCACUGCUCUGUGACUGGUUGCCAAGCGCAACUCUUUCUUCUCGACGGUCUGGCACCGUGUGAUGGCCGUCGCCAUGCCAGGCAUAGUUCCAGAAAUAGUUCAAGAACCAGGUGGAAGAGUAAAGGGAUUGACGAUUGUCAAGCCCAUUGUGUAUGGUAAUGUUGCCCGUUACUUUGGGAAGAAACGAGAGGAAGAUGGCCACACACAUCAAUGGACUGUUUACCUGAAGCCAUACAAGAAUGAGGACAUGUCCACUUAUGUAAAGAAGGUACACUUCAAGCUCCAUGAAAGCUAUCCAAAUCAGAACAGGGUGGUGACGAAACCGCCAUAUGAAGUGACAGAAACCGGCUGGGGUGAAUUCGAAAUUGUCAUCAAAAUAUACUUUAUGGAUACCACAGAGAGACCGGUGACGGUCUACCACAUCUUGAAGCUCUUCCAGAGUGAAACCAACAUUAUGCUUGGGAAGAAGCAACUUGUGACAGAAUCAUACGAUGAGCUGAUAUUUUCUGAGCCCACAAUGAUGAUGCAGCAGCUGCUAACAAGCACGAGGCCACUUACGGUGGGCCCAUACAAACAUGAAUUUGACUUCGAAGAGAAGAAGGAGAAGACGCUGCACGCCAUCCUCCAAGCAAAGAACAAGAUCCGGCUUGAAGUGGCAGACCUCAAGGAACGCCUCAAAGUGGCUAGGGAGACCAUCGACAAGUACAAGUCUGAGAUCAGCAAGUUGGAGUCACAAGCUGACGUAGAUCCUGGUGGAACGACAGCCCCUGGUGCUGCAUCCUGACAGUCCUUUGUCAUAUAAGAGUCUGAUGAUGUUUCUUGUGAGUGCCAGUGCAUGCUAUGGACAGGGUGUGUUGGUUGGCUGGAGCCAAACAAGUUGCAUUGCGUGGAGAGUGUGAACAUUGCAAUGCUGUCACAUGCUCACGUGACAGUCUCCCUUCCAAGAGGUUCGUAAGCAAAAAAGCAUUUGUGCUCCCUCCUUUCGUCACUUAAAUGCUUCCAUCGUUUUCACCAUCUUUUACAUCAUGAAAAAAAAAAAAGAGCAUUGCUUCAGGCAUUUAUGUGGUUGUAGUUUUACAAUUGAGUACAUUUGAUGCUAAUAACCUUGCUUCUAAAGAACAUGCAAAGAAUUUGGCCAAAUAUUAUUUGAGUGGAAGUGAGCCUUGCACCGUUAGGCUUUGUGUAAAUCAGUUGUGGGUAUAUUGCUGGUACAGUUGCCCGUUUUUAUGCUGGUACCUUAACCAGGUAUCCUAAGGUAUCCACCGAAGUUCAGUUCCUUUCUCUAGCUACAUCAGGUACAGUACACCAUCAAAUGUCAGAUGUAUGCUAAGGUUACUAUACAUUGUCAGAGGUCAGGUCUGUGCUGAAGCUAGAGUGCACUGUCGGUGGUCAGGUGAAUGCUGUAGCUACAUAAUUGGAUGCUGAAGCUACAGUACAUUGCAACGUCGUGCUGAGCGUGGCAGUAUGUUGUCAGGUGCAGGCUGAUGGUACGCCAAGUAAUAGGAUUUAUUCUGAAAGGACAGUAUGUUGUCAGAUGCAGGCUGCAGCUAUGUCUUCGUCAGAAUUUAUAUCUGUGAAGUCUCUCCAUUGAAACUAUUUUUGGAGUGGGCUCAUGCAAUCAUCUUUUGAUUGCACGAGUCUUGGUGAGCAGCAAGAGAGAGGCUCAACCCUGCAUGUAAAUCUCACCUGCUGAUGCUUCAGAAAUAAAUAUGGAAUUCUGAUUUCCUGUCACA